AUGGUUACUGCUCUCGAGUCAAACCUGAGCCGCGCCGCGCGCUAUGCAAUCCCAUUCGCGCUGGUGUUCAUCCCGCUCUGGAGGACAAAAGUCCAGGCCAAAGUCCCCGAACCAUACCUGGAUGAGGUAUUCCAUGUCCCCCAGGCACAAGCUUACUGGGCACACCAAUGGACACACUGGGAUCCUAAGAUUACUACUCCACCUGGCUUGUACCUGUGGUCAUAUCUACUAUGCGCCGCGUUGCUCACCCUCCGCGGGUCUCCGACGAAGCUCACCACGGAAGCUCUCCGCACGACCAAUGUCGCCACUACGGCUAUUUUCCUACCCUGGAGACUGCAGACGCUUUCCGACGCUGUGCACAAUGUGAGGAAUAACCGGACUAUGGGUGCGUGGCUUAGCCAUUCCGUCUUGAACAUAUGCUUGUUCCCACCGCUGUUCUUUUUCUCCGGUCUUUACUAUACCGACAUUCUUGCUCUGUUGGUUGUGAUCGAGGCGUAUAAUUGGGACUUGAAGAGGACUGCUGGAACAGGCUUUACUGCUUUCUUCUCCACGUUGGGAUUCCUUGUUUUUGGUCUUGCUGCCCUUGCUUGCCGACAGACGAACAUCUUUUGGGUCUCGGUCUUUUUGGGUGGACUGCAGGUUGUUCGCAAGAUUCGCGGUUCUUCUGAGGCAUGCAGAUCGUCUGCGAUCUCAGAUAUUGUGAAGGGGGGUCUGCAGAAUGAGAUCUACGAUCCUCUUAUCACGGAGGCUUGCUUAGAAGAUUAUUUCAAAACUGCCAUCUCCCUUGCUACUGCUGGUCUCAGGAACCCGCUCGCUACCGUGGCUUCAGUCAUGCCAUACAUGAUUAUUCUUGGAGCUUUUGGCGCAUUCGUUUUUUGGAAUGACGGUGUGGUGCUUGGUCACAAGGAGUUCCACACGGCCGGUAUUCACUUGGCCCAGAUGCUCUACAUUUGGCCCUAUUUUGCCUUUUUCUCUUGGCCACUGAUUAUCAUCCCCGUGGCUAAUAUCAUUCUUCCCGCGACCUUUUUGCCCAAAUAUCUCAACUAUGGGUUCCCUGAGAAGCAGAGACGGCUUCCAAAGCUCCUCGCUGUCCUGCUUGUCCUUCCAAUCAUGCUUGCCAUCGUCCAUUUCAAUACGAUCGUGCACCCUUUCACCUUGGCCGAUAACCGACACUAUGUCUUCUAUGUGUUCCGUCUUCUCCUAGCCAUCCACCCCGCUGUGAAGUAUGCAGCCGUUCUGGUUUACUUCCUCUGCGGAUGGGCCGUUAUCUCCGCCUUUGGUUUCACUAUUGUUCAGGCACCACCUCGGUUGCUGCGAAUUCCCCAGGCUCCAGCUCCAGCCCCAACACCCACACCAGCUGCUCCAGCCCCAGCCACAGAGCUGGCCCAAGGAAACAGAAAAACACGCCGAGCCAACGAGAAGUCAGCCGCCAAGAAGGACCAGCAGCCGAAAUCAAAGCCGAAGUCCAAUUCAAAACCGAAAUCGAACCAGCCCGAGCCUAUGUCCCCGGAGGCAUAUGCCAGGGUUCAGGAAGGUCUCAUCAAGCGUCGCAAGGAACAGCAUGGCGCCCCGCGUGUCAGCUUCGUCCUCGUGUGGCUCGCAGCGACCACCCUGUCCCUUGUGACAGCUCCCCUAGUUGAACCUCGUUACUUCAUCAUCCCUUGGGUAAUGUGGCGCCUGCAUCUCCCAGCCAUGCCGAGCCUUGCGGUAUUCCGGAAGCAGCGUCCUCAAACCGAACAGGAGAGGGAAAUUAAUGACCUGGCUACCAAUGCUCCCAAAUUUGUUGAGACAGUUUGGUUCAUGGUCAUUAACGCAGUGACCGGAUAUUUGUUCUUAUACAAGGGCUUUGAGUGGCCCCAGGAGCCUGGCAAGAUCCAGCGGUUCAUGUGGUAA